UCUGCUGCUGCUUUUAUCCUCAUCUGAGCAGAAAAUACACCAACAUUCAAUUCUAUUCAACAAUGGAUCCAGAUUCUUACCUCUAAGGCUUCUGGCUGUUCAGAUCACAUGCAGCCAUCAGGGUCGGUGGAGCAGCCUCCAUGUUCCUGUACAUGCUCGUCUUCAUGGCCUAUCACAGCAGCAGAUGGAUUCCCAGGAACCAGAGGUUAAAAUUGUGAGUGCUGCCACGGAUCCCAGAGGUGUUGGUGUUUUACAAGCUGCUGCUGAUGUUUUAUUCAUUUCCCAUUCAGUCAGAUAGUGAAUGCAGUGUUCACGGCCGCCGUCCUGGUCCCUCAGCUCUACGUCAUGGGAAGGUAACUGGGACACAGGCGGUGGCACCGGGCCAUGCAGAUCACGGGUCGAUGGAGCAAAGGCGGAACGUUGCGCUAACAAUGGUGUCUUUCCUGAUUCAAGGCCCAAAUCCUCCAGAUACUGCCGGCAGCCUCUUCUGAACAACCUGUCCGCCUCCAUUGCUUUGAGUUUCAUAGCUUCAGGGUUCUCAGUGAUAUUCACCCUGAUGGACCCGGUUCCUCAGAGCGUGUGGGCUGCCUAUCAUGUGUUCGGUCUGCUGUCAUGUGGACACGGGCUGUGUACCGCCAUCCUGACUCUGACAGCAGCCGCAUGUGUAAGAAAAACAAUCAUAGUGUGUUUUACUAUAAAACAAAACCCAUCUCAGUGGUUUGUUUGUGUGUCCACAGGCCCAAACCACCCCAGAGCUGUACCACACGUCCCUGAUUCUAACAGCGGCCUCGACUCUGAGUACAGGUUUUUUCCUGGUGAGAGGAGGACUGUGGUUGACGACGAGGCGCCCAGUAACGGACCAAAGCCGAGACUAAAACGGUCCAGCUGUCCGACAUCUGAAACGGCACAUAUAAAGAAUUCAUGAGGUUUUCCUGCCGCCGGUAACUUUAAACCACGAGGAG